AUGGUUCAUACUCUGUCAACCGCCUCCCUUCACCGAGUUAAGGACUGGGUUGUUGUGGUAACGGGUGGAGGCACCGGAAUCGGACUGAUGUACGCCCAAACCCUGGCAACAAAUGGAGCCAAAGUUUACAUCGCCGGCCGACGUCAAGAAGUGUUGGAAAAGAGUGCCCGUAUCCACGGAUCUCCAGACAAGGUUGGCCCUGAUGGGGGUCAAAUUAUCCCUUUCCACCUAGACGUCACCGAUAAGGACAGCAUCAAGAGGGCAGUGGAUCAUGUAGCUGAGAUUGAGGGCUACGUCAACCUGCUAGUGAACAACGCUGGAGUCUGGACAACCAAACCAGAAGCAGGGCCGGAAGAUGGACCCGAUAAGUUCGGCAGUUCCAUGUUUGAGCAGUCCAUUGAUCUUUGGCAGAAAGCCUUCCUCAUUAAUGCGACGUCGAUUUACUUUGUGACCGCCGCGUUCCUCCCACUCCUAGCCAAGUCUGUUCAUAGCCCCAUCGGGAAGCUGGGUAGUGUCAUCAACACAACCUCGAACAGUGCACAACUACGAAUGUCCGAAGGUUCACAGCUUGCCUACAACGUUAGCAAGGCUGCGUCUCUACACAUGACCCGUCAACUAGCCUUCGAUUUCAGUCACGAGAACAUCAAAGUCCGCGUAAAUGGAAUUGCACCAGGGUGGUUUCCCUCCGAGAUGACGACUGGAUCAUCCAACGAAGAGAACGAGAGUAUGGCGCAAGAGGAUACAACAUUUCAAAAAGAAAUGGUCGACAUCGGUGCCAGAGUCCCGCCUGGGCGUAUGGGUAGGGCGGAGGAUCUCGCAAGCGGACUUCUCACUCUGGCCACGAAUGAAUACAUAUGGGGCACGAACCUUGUGAUCGAUGGUGGCAUUUUGCAGAGUGUGGCCGGUGACAUAUGA